UAACGCGUAAAAAUUCAACUUUCAUGUAAACAGCGUUUGUUGCUGUAUGUCAACCUGUACUUUAAUUUGGUUUGUUGACAGUUUUUUCCUCGUUUCAAUUAUUUCAAGUUUGUGUUAGCUUUGGUCAAACAAUUAAAGGUUUGAAAUUAAAUUCUUGGGCUAAAUAUGAACAAUGUCUGAUCCUUUAUUUGAUAAUCAACAUGAGGCUUCACCUUUAACAAGUGGACAUUUUUAUGAGAGUGUAAUUAACAACAAUAAUAUGGAAUCAAGCAAUACCAAUAGAUCUAAUGAUACAACUUUAAAUGGACCUCCUCCAUUACCUGCUCGUCCAUUUCACAAUUCAGUUUCAAGGCCUUGGGGCUCAUCAAUGAACUAUGGUUACAACAAUUUGAAUCGUUUUGGAGCAUUUGGAAUGCCUGGAGGUUAUGGUGGCUAUGGAGGAUAUGGUAGUUACGGUAGUUAUGGUGGUUAUGGGGGUUACGGAGGAGGGUAUGGUGGUUAUGGAGGUUAUCCAUCAAAUAUGGUUGGUAAUGAUUUUCUCAGGAUUGCUGAGGAAACUUGUGGACAAAGCUUUCAAUCUUUAGAAUCAGUUGUUCAAUCAGUUUCUUCUGUGGCCAUGAUGUUAGAGUCUACUUAUUUUGCUAUACAUUCAUCAUUUCGUGCUGUACUCGGAGUUGCUCAUCAUUUAUCAUCUCUUAAAGAUCAACUGAAUCAGUUUACUGAACAAAUGCCUGUUGUUCGCAUAAUAAUAUCUUUUAUAAAGAAACUAUUAUACUAUCUUGGCCUAAUAUCUUCCAAUAGUCUGAGUGAUCAUGAAAAUGCCUGGAGACAAGUUUCAUCGGGAAAUAUACAUCUUAACUCAGAUGGAACCUUUAACCCAUUUUUGAGCGGAAAAGAUGUUCCAAAUAGAUCAUCUUUACCAAUUUUGAUAUUUUUCGGUUUAGUUUUAGGAGCACCAUGGAUGAUAUGGUCAUUAAUACGAAGAUACAAUAGAUCACUAUCUCAUGUAAAUACAAAAUGGUUAACGGGAGAAGAUGAACAUUAUAUUGGUAAAGCUCUGUAUGCCUUUACGACCAAUGCUCAAGGUGAAUUACCUCUUACAGUUGGACAGAAGAUUAUAAUUGCCCCCAAAGAUGUUCAACCAAGAAUAGGUGAUUGGCUAUUAGCUGCAAUUGACGGUAAAACUGGCCUGGUUCCUGCAAAUUAUGUAAAAAUUAUUGAACACAAACCUUCACCUGGUAAAACAGAUCAGCAAAAGCUAUAACAUGGACCAGCAUUUAAUUAUCACAUUAUGCAUUGUCCACAUUUGUUUAAUUCGGGAAACAGCAAAAUUAUGUACAUCUCAUCGCUCCUUUUACAUUUGUUAUACUCUAGUUAUUGAUAGAUUCCUAUAAAAUGUAAAACAUGAUAAAAUUCAAAUUAUUAUAUACAUUUGUUGAGCUCAAGUUUUUAUAUUUAACCUCAAUGAAUGAGAAAAAACAGAGAAUGAAGAUAAAUUUCUCAUUUGCCGGUUAAUUCGCCUAAUUUUUCACCAUUUAUAAACCAUUCAACCAUGGAUUUAUCUGAACCAUUAAGCAAUAUCCACUCAUCAACAGUUGUAACAUCAAUCAAUGGGAAUUUUUGUGUGGUCUCAAUUUUUAUCAAUCAUCAACCAGAUUGGACGAUAUCAUAAUUGUAAAUUCAAUUUUCCAUGCUCAUCAAGCCUGGAGGUAAAAAUCUAAAUGUAAUUCAAUGGUGUUAUUGACUCAAAAGCGCAAUAAGUUUCAACAUUAUUGAUUGAAGGAAAGAGCAAACUGUUUUUCUGGUGCCACAAUGAAAAUAAUAAAUUUAUUAGGUGAUUU